AUGCUGUUCUUCACCUUCCUAACCCAUGUCCUUGUGGAUGAACAGCACCAUCUGAAAGCCUCCACUGUCUUUGUCACCAUGGCCUACUUUGUGUACAUCCGUCGGUCUGCAAACCUUCUAGCUGCUGUUGCUGACAUCAUCAUCAGUGGUGUCAACUCCGGCCAGAGAGUUGCAAAGUUCCUCUUGCUAGGCGAGAUUGAGAAGAAGGCAGUAUCACCAAAAAGUACCAUUUCAGAUGGUAAUGCAGUAUCUAUUUCAAAUGGAACAUUUGCAUGGUCAGCAAGUGGUGAGCCAGUCUUGAAGAACAUCCAGGUGAACAUUCCAGCUGGGAGUCUUGUGGCUGUUGUCGGGAUGGUUGGUGAUGGGAAAUCAUCUUUGUUAUCAGCCAUUUUGGGGGAGAUGGUUGUUCAUGGUGGCAGCAUCCACAAAGAGGGAACAAUCGCCUACAUUCCCCAAGAAGCAUGGAUUCAGAAUGAUUCUCUACGGAAUAACAUCCUUUUUGGCUCAGACUACCGAGAGGAGAACUACGAGCAAGUGUUGGAGGCAUGUGCUCUAACUUCAGAUCUGGGCAUUCUUCCUUCUGGGGACCAGACAGAGAUUGGAGAAAAAGGAAUAAACUUAAGCGGUGGUCAGAAGCAGAGAGUAAGCCUGGCCCGAGCGGUGUAUCAGAGAAGUGAUGUCUAUCUGUUGGAUGACCCCCUCAGUGCUGUCGAUAGCCAUGUGGGUCAGCACAUCUUCAAGCAUGUCAUAGGAAGACAGGGAUUGCUCAAAGAUAAAACCAGAAUCUUAGUCACCCAUGGCAUUCACUGGCUACCAGAAGUGGACAUUGUUCUGGUAAUGACCAAUGGUCACUUAACUGAACAAGGCUCCUUGGCUGACCUGAUGACCCACAAUGGCCCAUUUGCCCAGUUCUUGUCACAGUUUCUGACCCUGCAGCAACAGCACCAGCACAAGGGAGAAGGGGAUCCUGGUGCCACUCUCACACCAAGUCCUGGGCAUGAAGGGGGCAGUGACUCCAGUCUGACUCUAGACAUUGACCCAGUCAGCGAAAAGACAGGGAAAGAAUUGUUUAAGAGCCUGUUGUCUGUAGAAUCACAGAGAUCAGAUCCUGCUGAUAUGAGAGGCUUGGAGACCUUAGGAAGUCACCGUAACAUUGACCUUAAUGAAGAUCUGUCAGAAGCUGACUUGUCUAAACAGCUGAGUGUGACAGAUGGAGAAAAGGAUACCGGAAAUGAAACUGCAAAUUUAAUUGAAGAGGAAGAAUUAGCAACAGGAAGAGUGAAAUUGUCUGUUUAUAGAACGUAUAUCAGAUCUGUAGGCUACCUGUCGAUGGCUGCCUUAGCCCUGUUGUAUUUCAGCUACUACUGCUUUGAUAUGAGCGCAGGCUUCUGGAUGACCUUCUGGGUGGACAGUCCACUUCUCAACAACAUGAGUGUCUCCGCUGACAGCCCACUGCGAGAACAGGAAAAUAAUUAUUACCUGGGGAUAUAUUCUCUCUGGGGAAUGCUUGGAACACUGGUGAUUGUGAUUUUCACUAACCUGAAAGCUUGGAGACACCAGUAUUCAUGCCGGAUCAUCCACGAGGACCUGAUCACAUGUGUCCUGGCAUGUCCUGUCCAGUUCUUUGACACAACCCCAGUAGGACGGCUUCUGUCUAGAUUCUCCAAGGACAUAUCUGUUGUGGAUACCACACUGCUGCUGUGGAUGGAGGUGUGGAUGCAUUCUGUCUUUGGCAUCGUCUGUGCCAUCAGUGUGGUCAUCAUCAACAUCCCAGUGUUCCUGGCAGCUGCCGUUCCCGUAGUGCUGCUCUUUUAUAUCAUCCAGAAAUGGUACCUGCCGACAUCAUGCCAACUUCGAAGACUGGAAAGGAAGUGCCUGGCGCCCGUGUUUAGCCAUGCAAGUGAAUCGUUUGCUGGUACCUCCGUCAUUCGAGCUUUAGGAGAAGAGGGCAGGUUUAUCAGAACAGCAGAGGAGAAGAUUGACUUCUGUCAGAAGAUGAAGUAUGCUAGUUCUGCUUGUGAGAGAUGGUUGUCCAUUCGACUUGGCCUGCUGAGUAAUUUAUUAGUUCUCGUUACUGGACUGCUGGCGGUGACCUUCCGAAGUGACCUCACCCCUGGUUUGACUGGUCUGUCGUUAAGUCUGGUCUUGAUU